GUGAGAAAGUUGAGUUGAAGAGAGAGAAAGAGAGAUUCAAGUUAGCUCAAGGUUAGCUGCUCAGGUGAGUUUCAAGGUUAGCUCAGAUUUCGAACUGGUCUAUAUCCAUGGCUUCGAAGAAGGUGACCCUGAAGAGCUCGGACGGUGAAGAGUUCCUGAUCGAUGAGGCGGUAGCCCUCAAAUCGCAGACAAUUAAGCAUAUGAUCGAGGAUGACUGCACGGACAACGGCAUCCCCCUCCCCAACGUCACUAGCAAGAUCCUCUCCAAGGUCAUUGAGUACUGCAAGAAGCAUGUCGAGGCGGAUGUCAGCAAGAAACCCGAUGACCGCUCCAGCGAUGAGGAGCUCAAGGCCUGGGAUGCGGAUUUCGUCAAGGUCGAUCAAGAGAUCCUCUUCGAUCUUAUCCUAGCAGCAAAUUAUUUGAACAUUAAGAGGUUGCUGGACCUGACUUGCCAAACAAUGGCUGAUAUGAUAAAAGGAAAGACUCCUGAAGAGAUCCGCCAAAUAUUCAACAUAAAGAAUGAUUUCACCCCUGAGGAAGAGGAAGAGGUCCGACGGGAGAACCAAUGGGCUUUUGAGUAAAUGAAACCCUUUGACCACCGCUUACCAUGUUUUGAUCAUACAUAUACAUGACGGAGGUGACGGUGGUGGUAAGUACAGAGUCAUUAAAUUAGUAGGGUUGGCGUCUUUGUAGUUUUUAAGUGUAUG